GAGGGAGAAAGCUCCAGCUGCUGCUGACCCACUCUGACGCAGACCUAGACCCAACCUGCACGCACUCAACCCGCUCUAGACAGCACCAUGCGGGGCCUGAGUGUGGCUCUGUGGCUCUUCCUAGUCCUGCGCACGGCCCUCAGCGGGAUGGAGGUGCAGUGGUGCACCACCUCAGACCCUGAGCAGCAGAAAUGCAGCGACAUGAGCAAGGCCUUCCAGAGAGCCGGGAUCCAGCCCUCCCUCCUGUGUAUCCAGGGCACCUCAGCUGACCACUGUGUCCAGCUCAUCACGGCUGGGGAAGCUGACGCCAUCACUUUGGAUGGAGGAGCCAUUUAUGAGGCAGGGAAGGAGCACGGCCUGAAGCCCGUGGUGGGUGAAGUGUAUGAUCAAGAUGUUGGUACCUCCUAUUAUGCUGUAGCUGUGGUCAAGAGAGGCUCUAACCUGACCAUCAACACCCUGAAAGGCAUGAAGUCCUGCCACACGGGCAUCAACAGGACCGUGGGCUGGAAUGUGCCCGUGGGCUACCUGGUGGAGAGCGGCAGGCUCUCAGUGAUGGGCUGCAACGUGCUGCAAGCUGUCAGCGAGUAUUUUGGGGGCAGCUGUGUCCCUGGCGCAGGAGAGACCAGUUACUCCAAGUCCCUGUGUCGCCUCUGCCGGGGCAACGCGGCUGGGGAGGGGGUAUGUGACAAGAGCCCCCUGGAGAGAUACUACGACUACAGCGGAGCCUUCCGGUGCCUGGCAGAAGGGGCAGGGGACGUGGCCUUUGUGAAGCACAGCACUGUGCUGGAGAACACUGACGGAAAGACCCUGCCCUCCUGGGGCCAGGCGCUGCUGUCGCGGGACUUCAAACUGCUGUGCCUCGACGGCAGCCAGGCUGACAUCACUGAGUGGAGACGGUGUCACUUGGCCAAGGUGCCUGCUCACGCCGUGGUGGUCCGCGCUGACGCAGACGGAGGCCUCAUUUUCCGGCUGCUCAACGAAGGCCAGCGUCUCUUCAGCCAUGAGAACAGUAGUUUCCAGAUGUUCAGCUCUGAGGCCUAUGGCCAGAAGAAUCUGCUAUUCAAAGAUGCCACGUCUGAGCUGGUGCCCGUCGCCACACAGACCUACGAGUCAUGGUUGGGCCCUGAGUACCUGCGUGCCAUGAAGGGUUUCCUCUGUGACUCCAGCGGGCUGCCGCACUACCUGCACUGGUGUGUGCUGUCCACUCCUGAGAUCCAGAAGUGUGGGGACAUGGCUGUGGCCUUCAGCCGGCAGGGGCUCAGGCCGGAGAUCCAGUGUGUGCCAGCUGAGUCCCCCCAGCACUGCAUGGAACGCAUCCAGGCUGGGCAAAUUGACGCCGUGACCCUGAGGGGCGAGGACAUCUACACAGCAGGGAAGACAUACGGCCUGGUUCCAGCGGCUGGGGAGCAGUAUGCUCUGGAGGACGGGAGCAGCUCAUACUUCGUGGUGGCCGUGGUGAAGCGGAACAGCUCCUACGCCUUCACCCUGAACGAGCUGCGGGGCACGCGCUCCUGCCACUCAGCCUUUGGCAGCCCCGCCGGCUGGGACAUCCCCGUGGGCACCCUCGUGCAGAGGGGCUUCAUCCAGCCCAAGGACUGCGACGUCCUCACAGCGGUGAGCGACUUCUUCAGCGCCAGCUGCGUGCCAGUGAACAACCCCAAGCAUUACCCGUCUUUGUUGUGCGCGCUCUGCGUGGGGGACGAGCAGGGCCGCAACAAGUGUGUGGGCAACGGCCAGGAGAGGUACUUUGGCUACAGCGGCGCCUUCAGGUGCCUGGUUGAGAAUGCAGGGGAUGUCGCCUUUGUCAAGCACACAACCGUCUUUGACAACACAAAUGGCCACAGUUCGGAGCCAUGGGCCGCUGCGCUCAAGUCGGAGGACUAUCAGCUGCUAUGUCCCAAUGGGGCCCGGGCCGAAGUGUUUCAGUUUGAAGACUGCAACUUGGCACAGAUACCAUCCCGUGCCAUCAUGGUCCGGCCAGAUACCAACACCUUUGCUGUGUAUGGACUGCUGGACAAGGCCCAAGGCCUGUUUGGAGAUGACCACAAUAAGAAUGGUUUCAAAAUGUUCGACUCCUCUGACUAUCAUGGUCAAGAUCUGCUUUUCAAGGAUACCACAAUCCGGGUGGAGCCUGUGGGGGAGAAAACCACAUACCUCGACUGGCUGGGCCACGACUAUGUGGCGGCUCUGGAAGGGAUGCUGUCUCAGCAAUGCUCCGGUGCAGCGGCCACCCCUGCCUGGGCACCCCCGCUCCUGCUGCUGCCCCCGCUGGCCCUUUCGGCCAGCCUCCUCCAGCCCCCCCUCUGAAGCAGCUCUGGGCAAGCCUCACCCUGCCUUGGAAUGGAAACCUACUCGGAAAUCUCUAUAAAUACGGCUGUUCUCCUCAGUAAAUCCAGUUAACGCAGAAAAUCAUGUGACGGGAGAGGAAAUGUGAGACACCAUGGAGCUCCUCAGAGCUGUGAUCCCGACACUGAAGCUUCUCUGAUUGCUUCAAAGUGGAAUAAAGAUGACCGGUAAAGAAAA